GUCGAUUCUACUGUACACACAUCGCACACGCUGACAGCCAUGUGGCACUGAACUUACCUACCUAUGUUGUCUUUCACAUUCAGCAACGUCAAUUCCAUACGAUACCACUUGCAGCAUGUCGGCGCCAACGCGCCUGGUGCAGCGGCGGCUGUGCAGUGCGCGCAUACAUGGAGCUUGCAGAGGUAGCAGCCGAAGCGGAGCACAACAACAUCAACGAGGACGACGAGCGUAUGCCACUGAGGAAAAGGACCCCAAUGGACGAGAGUCAUUCAAAGGCCAGCUCUACCAGAGCACACAUGAGCGAGUGGUGCGGGAAAAGCAGGAUCAGGCAAGAUUUGCAGCACAGCGAGAACAGGAAAAGGCAGCGAAUAGCAGCGGUAUAUGGUUCAUCCCCAUCGUGCUCGCAGUAGGUGCUUUGGGUGGGUGGUUGAUGGGCAAGCAGAGUCCUGCAAAGCCUGCGCCGAACUCCACACUGCCACUUGCACUCGCGACACCGCCAAAUCACGACGUAUCUCCUGCGACGCUACAGGCUGCGUGGAGCGACUUCAAGGACAUUGUGGGUGAGGAGAACAUAUCGACGGAGCAGUCAGAUCUGAAAUCGCACGCGGGAAGCGAAUGGAGCACACAUCAUGCCUUGGACGACGAUGUGCCCUUUGCAAUCGUCAGGCCUGCAAGCACCGAGGAAGUCUCGGCCAUCAUGAAGGUCUGCCACAAGCGUAGGAUACCUGUGACGGGAUACAGUGGAGGCACUUCUCUCGAAGGACACUUUGCUGCUACUCGUGGAGGCAUAUGCGUGGAUUUCAGCCGGAUGGACAAGAUCCUGGUUCUCCACAAGGAAGAUCUGGACGUCGUUGUGCAGCCAGCCGUCGGCUGGGAGACUCUCAACGAGGAGCUUGGUGAACAGGGUCUGUUCUUUCCUCCCGAUCCAGGUCCAGGUGCCAUGAUCGGUGGCAUGGUCGGCACUGGAUGCUCUGGCACAAAUGCAUAUCGAUAUGGCACUAUGAAGGACUGGGUACUCUCACUGACCGUCGUCAUGGCGGACGGCACCAUCAUCAAAACGAAGCAAAGACCACGGAAGAGCAGCGCGGGCUACGACUUGACACGCAUGUUCAUUGGCUCGGAAGGCACUCUUGGUCUGGUUACAGAAGCUGUACUCAAGGUGACGCCGAAGCCCCAGAGCACUAAUGUAGCAGUGUGCACCUUCCCAUCCAUUCGCAGUGCCGCAGACUGUGUGUUUCGCGUUGUCGGCGCAGGUGUUCCCAUUGCUGCCAUAGAGAUUCUGGAUGAUGUACAAAUGCGGUGCAUCAACCAGGCUGGACAGACUUCACGACCAUGGAAAGAAGUGCCAACGCUUUUCUUCAAAUUCGCGGGUACGCCGACAAGUGUCAAAGAGCACAUCUCCAUUGUCAAGGACCUCGCAAAGAAAUCUGGUAGCAAGACGUUUGAGUUUGCAAAGUCCCCAGAAGAACAAGCAGAGCUAUGGUCCGCCCGCAAAGAAGCUCUGUGGAGUGUGAUGGCACAGAAGAAGAACAAUGGCGACCAUGUGUGGACGACGGAUGUAGCGGUACCCAUAUCACGACUACCACAGAUCAUUGAAGAAACCAAAGACGAUAUUUCGAAAUCUGGCCUAAUCGGCUCGAUUGUCGGCCAUGUGGGAGACGGCAACUUCCAUGCGAUCAUUCUAUACAAUGACAAAGAGCAUGAGAUAGCCGAUCGAGUGGUGCACAAGAUGGUCAAACGUGCCAUUGAGAUGGAGGGCACGGCAACCGGCGAGCAUGGCGUUGGACUGGUCAAGAGAGACUACCUGAAUCACGAAAUUGGCGAGCCCGCCGUGGACCUCAUGCGAAAGAUGAAGCAAUCAUUCGACCCCUUGUGCUUACUCAACUGCGACAAGAUUGUUCGCAUCCAGCAACCGAAGCCAGGUGAGGUUGCAGAGUGGUAGAUUACCUAGGUCGAUUGGGUACUUGUGCGCUCCAACUUGGAGCUUGAUCACCAUACAGCACAGAAAAGUAUAUAUAAUAUACUACUACUACUACUACAUGUAUGCAUGUAAUUAAAGGCAAUGCUUCAUUCAGG